UGAUACGGGUGGGAAAUAAAUAACGUGUUUUAGAUGGUAUUUAAGCUCCUGCUAGCGUGAGCUAACUGUGUAGCACUUACAUGUCAACACACUGCGAUAUAACUUCACAAGUCCGACAUUAUUCAUGGGUUUAAAGAGGAGAUCUCUUUCAGGAUGACAGCGAGGAUUUAACACAACUAGCUUCUUAUAAACACAGGUCAUUGGUUCUAAACCGUGAUUUCUCUUCGUCGUCCCGAAGGUCUGAACACAUACACAUGGCCUGGAGUACGUUUGUAGCCAUGGAAAGCUCGACCCACACCCACACGCCGUGUCCCGAUCCGCUCGAACCGGCUUGUGGCGCCGCCCUGCAGGUUCAUCUGUACUACUGCAGCCAGAGCACGAGCAGCACGAGCGGCUCGACUCUCAGUUACCUGUCUGGAGAUUACAUCGCAGAGGAACUGUGCAUCAAGGCUGCCAAAGAGUGCGGUGUCAGUCCUGUGUACCUGAGUUUGUUUGGGCUGAUGAGAGAGCGGGACCGCGUGUGGUACCCCCCCAAUCACAUCUUUAAAGUGGACGAGUCCACCAAUGAGAAGCUCCUGUUCAGAAUAAGGUUUUAUUUUCCCAGCUGGUAUGGAAGAGGAUUAAGCCACGCCCAUCGCUACGGCAUCACCAAGAGCUCUGAGACCCCGGUGUUUGAUGAUGUCACCACAGCAUACCUGUUCGCCCAGGUAACAUCACCUGUCUCUGUGACCUGAGGUUACACCUUACUA